AUGGGUGUGGGUAUUUCCCUUCGAUAUUAUCCUGCGUGUGAGUUUGAUCUGGGAAAGAAGCUUUCGUUUGGAGUUCCAAGCUGUUAUCUGGGCAGUCGUGAGAGAGCAGGUCCGACCCAGAUCUGUGUUGAACGGCCAGUUCAAACUGAUGUCUGGCCGCAUGUAGUGUUGCGAAUGGUUGGCUCGAGUGUGGAAGCGUACCGAGCUAUGGUCAGCCAGUGUGGGAGUGGAGAAUGAUAGGUCUUCUAGAAAUUGGCUCCAGUAAGAAAAUGUCGGAUCCUCAAGCACAGCAAGCGGCCAGGAAUCGCCGCGCGAGACAGCCCACCAGUCGACGAUUUAUGCUGACAUUCUUCAGUUCUGAUGAGCGACAGGAGCUCACGACUAAAAUUCGAUCCCUGGAUGGUGUAGUCAUAGAGGAUUCGACGUUCGACUCCAGCACCACGCAUGUCAUAGCACGCUUGCCGAAUCGCAACGAGAAGUUCCUGUCCGCGUGUGCCUCGGGCAAGUGGGUGUUGUCGCCGGCGUAUAUCAAGGAGUCGUGUCGUCACGGACGCUGGCUGGAAGAGGAGCCGUACGAGUGGACGGUGGAACGCUCGCGCCGAUCGUGCGAUGUGUCUCGACCAGGUUGGGAACAGCUUGCAGCCGCUCCCCGACACUGGCGUGAGAGCAUGUCUUCCGAGGGCACGUCUCCGUCUUCAGUUCACCGUGGUGGUGCAUUCGCUGGCUGGAGAGUCAUGCUCAUGGUGGCCGAUAAGACCAAGCUGGAGGCGUUUAAGAGGUUGGUGCGUGCUGGAGGUGGUGUGAUCGUCUCUCUUCAGCGUGGCUCCUUCCUGAAGCCUAACAGUGUCAAGGUGUCGCGGCUGACGCAUGCGUUCUGUGCCGAAGCCAGCUGGAGGGAUGUACUGCGUGCCGUGUCAGGCGCUGGUAUGACCUGCCUGCAUCCGGACUUCAUCCCAGAGUUCCUUCUGAAACUGCCACCUGCCACCAUCGAGACAACAAACUAUCUGACGACCACCUACAAGCCUCACGUCCUCACAUCCGCUGCUAACAACCGAAGCUCUCCUGGCUCCGCACCCGUCAGGACUGCUCCCGCGGGUCAAGAAAACCACUCAUCAGUUUCGACCACACCUAGGACAGCCAGUGGCACGCGUUCGUCUGAAUCCACACCACGUGGCACGGAUGCAGCGUCCUCCAAACAGUCUGUGAAGGCGUCAAGCUCGGUCGUGUUCUCCACACCUGCUAACGAUACCACCCAGUCAUCAUCGUCAUCAUCAUCUCAGCCCUCCUCGACACCGCGCGCCACCCAUUCAAGAGCUUCUGCUGGGAAGGGCACGGCAAAGACACCGUUACCGAGUCCAUCGUCUCCAGCCAAACCUCCUAAGCAAGUACCUGCGUCAACAUCAUCGAAGCCGCAGCAAGCAGCCGAAAGCGUGUCGGCUUCGUCUGAUUCGCUGGUACGGAGACCGCUUUAUUCGAGGAAGACGUCGGGAGAUGGCUCGCAGCUACAACAUGUCCCACCCGCUGCCGGAACAAGUUCACCGGACGACAUCACGAUACAGACAGGCGUGACUUCGAAGAGCGGCGGUGCGAUUCGUGAUCGCCCGGCGAAAACCACCGCGCAAGCAUCACCAUCGUCGUCGCCAUCGGCAACCGCACGCAACGGUUCGUCGAGACACACUCGCGCCUCCAGUGGCAAAGUGCUGCUGUCGACGCGACGCUCUCCCGUCGACAAGACAAACGAUCAUCUGCGUCCAGCAUCACCGGCGCACACCGCUCUGGAGUUGCUCAGCAAGCGACUCUCCACCAGCCUGCCAUCAUCGCCCGUCGACUCCCCCACGGGGACUACGUCGCCCAGGCCCAGCUCCCCUUCACGCUCGGCGCUGAACAGCCUGAGCCAGCGCCUCGAGGAAUGCCGAAAGAAACAGCAGCAGUCGUCAACGAUGUCGCCAGUCAGUAGUUCUGCUGCUGCUGGUGGUGGUAGUGGUGGUGUGAAAGCUCAGAGCCACGUGUCUACGCCUCGAUCUGCUCUGAGCACGCUGCACGAGCAACUGGCCAGAGCAAGAGAGAAUGGCGAGUGUGACGCGGAACGGGCUGGUUCCCCCGCGACGUCACCGGCACGCAAGCGAGCCCGCACGUCCUGGUCUCCGGCCCGUGACAAUGGUGCCCUGGCGUCGUCGUUGCGUACCACCAGAGGAUCGCGUGCUGCCAGCAACGGUGGGCAAGCGGCGGGCCGUAGCGGCAGCAGUAGCAACAGCAGUGGUGCUGAUGGCAGUGCGGCCUCCGCCGGCUUGGCCUCGCUGCUCAGCGGUAGCCUGUCGGGGAGCGCGUUUUCACGCACCGCCUCCGCCAUGGCCGAAGACGCUGCCCACCAGGUAGCAGUGCCUCCUCUCUCGCGCUCCUGCUCAUCAUCACCAGCACUGCCGCUGUCGGACGACGAUGAGUUUCAUUCGGCGCGCUCCUCGCCGUGUACCCCGACCCCAGUGGGCACCGCCAAGCUGCAGCGCUACAUGUCCUCGUCGCUAUCACGCAGACUCGACACUCCAAAGCCGGUGAAACGCGCACUCUCCUUCUCCAAAGCCAUGGCCAACGGAGGCGCCCAUAUCGAUGAGGACGAUGAUGACGAUAUCAUUAUUUCAGGCGAAGUUCCUCCGCCCGCAAAACGUGUUCGUUCCACUGCAUCCAACACGAGGGAAUGUGGAAGAGCUAGCAAGAAGUGUCGUCAACACUCGCUCACUGCCGCUGAGAUUCUGGAUUCUGUCAACGUGUCGGCCAUGCGCAGCAUAUUCCCGGAGAUUUCCAGCGGUGCUGAUAACAUUGUACGUGAUGCUUCUGCUGCUGCUGCUGCUGCUGCUGCUGCUGAGGCUGCGUGCGUUGGUCCACUGUUGUCCAUGCCUACGUCCUCACGGAGGGCUCGCCUCAGACCUCUGGACAAUCGCUUCUCGCGAGAAUGGGACGAGAUCACCAAGAUGUACUGUGGCAGUGAUCCACAGCCGUAUGUCCAUCUGCACUGCAUACAGAUUGCUAUGGCAACACCGGUGCUACCGUCGCCAGAGUCUCUGAAUAGCGUCUUCCACCAGUGCAUGCUGGAAUGCACCGACACCAAUCUAUCAUGCACGGCAUCGCGAGUUCUCGAUCAGCUUCUUCAACAGCAGCCACCGCACUUCACCCAGGCCAUUACCGAGCUAUACUGGCGGGCGCUGGUACCCAAGGACAACAUUGAAUCAUCGUUUCCCUCCGCCACCGCCAUAUCAGCACCAUCGCCGCUAGUCCGAGACCAUGAUCUUGUGUUCAGGCUCAAUCGCCAUCAACUGAAGCUGGCGUUGGCAGCAUUCGAGAAUGAGUCGUCAGAUGCAGGUGUGACCUAUUUCUGUAAUUUUCUGGUCAAGCUGUUACGCAGGAGUCUGCAGCACUGUGCAAAGGAGAGCACCAGUGGUGCACAGAAGUCGUCGCAGACAUCUUCACUGCCGUCCUCACUUCUACACUAUCUUCUGUGGACGGGAGGCAAUGGACAAUGCACCGGGGUUUCUGAAUCCCUACGGCGCCUCCUCGCCGUGGCCGUCAAGCUGUCCAAGCGCCUCAAUAAGCUAUCGACAGCAGCAGUAGUCACUGCCGAUCUCUCCACCAGCAGCAGCAGUAGCAAUAGCAGUGACAGUAAUGGCGGCAGUACACCACCUUCACCGUUACUAUACCAUACGGUACAACGGCUAUCUUUACUUCUCGAUGUCAUUGGCAUGGCGGCCGAGUGUUGCAAGAGAGCGGACACUCGUGCUGGCACUCGCACUCGUCAGACAGCCCUCGUCCGCGAAUUACAGCUAUCCUGCUCUACGAUAUCCCCGGCCACCAUGCAUCUUCUGGGCAUGACCAAACCGGAAUGGCUGAGAACAGAUGUAGCGUGGAGGUUGCUAGAACCUCGCUUGUCCCAAAUGAAAGUCUGUGCAGAGCGUUCAGCUCUUGAUUUGGCGUUCUCGUCGUCCGAUUCCUCCUUGCCGGGUGUGACUGAGCUGACUGCCAUACUCGUCAAGUUGACGCGCAAGUGCAGGCGUUCGGCAAAAGAAGAGCUUUUGAAAGACGAGCGGAACUUGAAGAUGAAGCAGGAGACUUACGCCAGCGGGUGUGGCUCACCGGUACGACGUCCAGCGGCCGUAGCAUCCAUCACAUCGCCAAUCAACAAGAGGAACACGAAAGGUGAAAGCAAGCUUCAGCAGAGCUGCAUCAAGGGCAAGGUUGACCGGGUUAGAGAGCUGCUGGCGAUCGGUGCCGACCCGAACAUGUGCGAUCAUGCCGGCUGGACGGCGCUGCACGAGGCGGCGAACUUUGGUCACGUCGAGUGCGUACGCGCCCUGCUGGAGUACGGUACGACGGUCAUGCCUGGCCAGCCCGGACUGUAUCUGCUAGCUGCACCGCAGGAUGGUGUGACACCGUUGCACGAUGCUGUCACUAACGGGCACGUGGAGGUCGCGCGGCUUAUUGUUAAUGCAGGAGGCCCCGCUGUACUGCGCGCCGCGACGUUGGAAGGCCACACACCGCUGGAUGUGUGCCCGUCCGGUGAUCACUUCUCCGAGCUCAGGUCACUCCUGUGCACGGCCAGCGACACUGAAACUGAACUACCCCAAUCGCAAUCACAGUCUCUGACUUCAUCCCCUUCCAGAGCGUCUUCUCCAGGCAUGGUGCUGCUGCAUGCGAUGUGUGUUCCUCCGCUGCGCGACGAUCCGGAACUGCUGCUGGUGACGCGGCUCACGGCGAUUGUCCUCUCGACCGUAGCGCUCUCGCAGCCUGUUCCUGCCGCUGGGGUUGGUGCGUGAGCGAUCGUGUGUGUGUGUGUGUGUGUGUGUAUGUUUUGUAGUUUUGUUUUGUGAACUCUUGAAAAAUAUUCUAUUCCUAUCGAAGGAGGCACUGGGGCUUGUCCCUACUCGGUCACAAUGCCCAAACUGCCCGAGUGACAGGCCCAAGCUCUCGCACCCAUCACCCAUCAUACUCUGAUGCACAGAUCCGCUUAUUCUUUACUCUUCCGUUUUCUGUUGCAAAGAGCUAUACAUUUAGUUGAUUGGAAAGUGUGCUAACAUAAAUAAUAAUAGUGUGUUAUCAUGCUAUGCGUAGCCGGUGUUUUAGACGGAUUGUUAUCGCUGUAACAUUGUUGUCUAUCGUACUUAGGAGUGAUCUGAAUCGGCACUGUCCAACUGCGUGUAUUAAAGAUUGGAAGAGCACAAUGCGCCGCUUGCUUCCCAUUUUGCGACACGCGCACACACACACAUACACACACACGCGUGCUGACACACACAUUAGAUGGACUUCGUAUCUACGCGUAGGCGUGAGCGCAUGAUGGCUAGCUGUCUGUUGUCAUUAUUCACAGUCUCAUGUUAUGUGAUGCCGGCCGUCAGGGAGUCGUAAAAUACCGGUAUUUUACGACUCCCUGCUGCCCGUCAUGAUGAAUAUUCUUACUUUUCUACCAUUUCUUUUUAGAGGUCUGUUGAUUCUGAUCUACAUCGUCAUGUGUUUUCUCUUGCAGUUGUUUUAUUACUUCAUGGGAGUAUUGUUUUAGUGGCAUGGGAAUUUUUAAUCUUGAUACACUGCCUAGCCUGCGGUAAGGCCUACUAAGGGCAGUGGCGAUACAGUGA